AUGGGCGAAGUCCAGUUCAUGCCCCCCGUCACCCUGCCCUGCAGCAGACUCCAUGGCGGCUGGUAUCCUGCUUCCGGGUUCAAGGGCUGGAAGCAGAUCAACGUCAAGGGCAAGACAGCGAGUAGGAGCUUCAGCGACCUCCAUGCCCUGCACCUGGCAUGGAGCACCCCGUCGACGCCUCCCCGAGACAACAACAAGUUCAGCAAUGGCCGCGCACCUAUGGAGAGACUGCCCCUCGAGAUGCUCGGAUCCAUUAUCGAGCUCCUCGUACUUGAUAUCCCCCCACCCUGUGGUACCGCGCGCCGUAACGUCGACCUGAUGUCGCUACUGUUGACCUCAAGGUCGGUUUGCGCCGCGACCUUGAACACGCUGUACAAGCACAUUACCAUUCCUCACUCGAGAAUCUUCCGAAAGUUCCUGUCAAACAUUGCGACCCACCCUGCGCUGGGCGCCAUUGUACGGCGCAUCGACUUCAGCCACUUUAACACCUUGACGUUGUUCGAGUCUGUCAGCGAGCGCAAGGGCACCCGGAAUUUGACGGCGGAGACCCUUGUGCAAUGCCUAGAGCUGACAGCGCACCUCCAGGAGUUCUUGGCCGUGGAGCACAUCGACGACGACCUCGGUGUUGAGGUGCUGCAGAAGCUCUUCUUCGACAUGCCCUGGCUGCAGGCGCUCGACUUUGCAGGGUGCACGUCGCCUGCAUUCAAGAACUCGUUUACAUCCCUGGCGGACAUGGCCUGGCCCCAGACGCUCUCGUUCACGCGACUAUCGUUCCACAAGUGCCUUACGCUGCCGUCGGCGCUGUUUGAGCAGGUCCUGCCGUGCCUGGCCAACGUCACGCACCUGGACCUUGCCCAGACCAAGAUCACAGACCGAGCGCUGCAGUCGAUUCCGAAGACGGCCAAGAUCACCCACUUGAACUUUGCCAAGUGCACGCUUCUCACGGCGCCCAAUGUCAUUGACUUCCUCGCGACCCACCCGGCGGUGGAAAACCUGGUCUACCUAAGCGUGGCCACCGACGCCAGGAGCCACCAGCUUCUGGACGUGGGAGACGUCUCGCAGCUCAUCCCUGUGCUGCCCAAGACGCUCAAGUCCCUGAGCCUUAAGGGGAGCCGCAUGGACGACGCGCACAUCGACCUGCUGCGGCCGCUGACCAAGUCCCUCGAGGAACUCGCCAUCGGGCGUAACAUGGACGUCAAUUCCGCGGCCAAGCUGCUCGAGCUGGCGGACGAUAAGAAGCAGGACGAGCCACACACGCUGCGGUACCUCGACCUGUCGGACCUCUGGGGCAACGAGCUGGACAUUGUCGACCUCUUUUCGAGCCGAAACUCGCUGUUAAGACCGACCUCGAUGCCGCUGGAGGUGGUGGAGAUCUCGGAGCAGUCUUUCAAGAGCCUGUCCCGGAACAGGACGCUGGAGCGCAUUGGCUGGUCCCUACAGGAGAUUGGAAGCCGAUGUUUGAUGGUCAGACUGCAGGACCAUCGCAAGGACCGGGACCGCGGCUACCGAUGGUGGAAGAUGGGCGCCGACAACUGGGGCAUGCGCAAAAUCCCUGUCUCACGCGCCGAGGUCGGCGGUAUGUACGGGUCCUUUAUGUUUGGGCGGAAGCUAUGA